UUCCAAAAUAGAAGGUAGUGGUGGGGUAAGCACUUUAUUCUCACUCACAAUAAGCGACCUUGUAGGAGGCGAUCCUUCAUUUGAUGUGCAUUAACAGCUGCGAUUCUUUGAAGACUUUUAUUUGAGCACCGUGCCAGUUAAAAUUACUCCGCGCAAUAAACAUGGUUGAUUGCUGGACAAGUGUGGGCCUUAUAGCGGCUGUUUUUAUCCUGAUCUACUUUUACGUGACCAGGAACAACGAUUACUGGUCCAAAAAAGGCAUCCGUUUUAUCAAGCCAACACCUCUUCUUGGAAGCUUCAGUGAAGCCGUGUUGAGUAAACGACCAUUCGUGGAAGUUUUCAAUGAGAGAUACUUGGAGCUGAAACCGCAUGGAUUUGGUGGCGUUUUCGAAUUGCUCAAGCCGAUUUUGAUGGUCACAAGCCCUGAGCUGAUUCGAGACAUAACUGUGAAGAACUUUGAUCAUUUCAUCGAUAGACGAGAUGCCAUCACAAGCACAGAUGCUGACCCGCUGUUUUCCCGGUCUCUCGUUCUUCUCAAGGGAGAUGAGUGGCGUGUGAUGCGCACCAAACUGAGCCCUGCGUUCACCGGGAGCAAGCUUCGUGGACUCUUCCCGCACAUCAGCAAGUGUGCAGAGCAGUUCUCAAAAUUCCUGUCCACCCGGGAGAAUGCUAAGACUAAUCCCAUCGAGUUUAAGAGCGCUUUUACCCGGAUGACCAACGACAUGAUCGCGUCUGCCGCCUUUGGCAUGGAAACCAAUGCUGUGCAUGAUCCUAAUGAGGAAUUCUAUCAAUUUUCGCAAAAUGUCGCGAACUUCGGCACCCUUCGAACCUUGAGCAUCAUGUGCUUCCCAAAUCUUAUGGCAAAGAUUGGAGUUUCGAUCACUCCUAAAAAGGUUACCGACUACUUCAGGAAAAUCAUUAAGGCCACCAUGGAAUUCAGAACAAAAGAAAAUGUCUCACGGCAAGAUAUGCUGCAACUGCUGAUGGCCGCCCAGAAAGGACAGCUCAAAAAAGAGGCCGAAGAGGACAUAGGGACAAUCGGCGAGGAUGCGGCAGACACCAAUUCGCACAAAAUACACAUGACCGCUAAAAAGGGAGAUGCUGGUCGCGGAAUUAUCAGCGACGAAGACAUAGCAGCACAAGCAUUUAUCUUCUUUUUCGCUGGGUUCGAUACUGUUUCCACGCUACUUUCAUUUUUAGCGUAUGAAAUGGCUGUCAAUGUUGAAAUUCAGGAGCGACUGCGAGAUGAGAUUAAAGCGACCUUCCAGCAAGGGCUGAGCUAUGAUUCGGUCGUCAGCAUGAAAUAUCUAGAUAUGGUCGUAUCAGAGGUGUUGAGAAAAUAUCCACCCAAUAUGACAACAGACAGGACUUGCGUUAAAAACUACAAGAUUCCCGGUACAGACAAAGUCAUCGACGCUGGCACCACACUCUACAUUCCCAUCUUUCCCCUGCAAAGAGACCCUGAAUACUUCCCAAACCCCGACAAGUUUGACCCGGAACGGUUCUCGGAUGAAAACAAAGCCAACAUCACACCGUACACUUAUUUGCCAUUUGGAAGUGGGCCUCGCAUCUGCAUAGGAAUGAGAUUGGCUCUUCUUGAGGUGAAACUUUGCCUCAUUUACAUGCUGGCAACGUGUGACCUGAGAGUUUGCGCCAAAACAGACGUGCCUCUCAAGCUGGCAAAGACGGUGCUGUUUUCGGCUGAAAACGGAGUCACCCUUCUUGCUGCUCCCAGAGAUGACUCGCCAAUUAAACCUUAAGCGCCCAUCGUGUACGUGGUGCAAAAUAAACAUUAAUAAAAUGAGCAAUUUUGAACUGAA